GAUUAAUUAUAUAAGAGCACUUAGGUCUAGUACAGUUGCAGUUGCAGCUUUGUUUAGACUUGUAAUGUUAAUAUUUGUAAUAGAGCAUUACUAUGGGGCAAUAAUAUUGGUGUUUAGUACCUCUAGAUAUGUCGCCUAGCGAUACUAUUAUAUGUCACCCGAUACUUAAUUAAUUGGAAAUAAUAACACAUAGUAAGCUAGUAAACACAUUAGUAGUACUUUUUAGUUUUAGCAUUUCUGUUAGUUAAUAGUAUAUAAUAUGAGACACCACUAUGUCGAUAUAUUGGGCAAGGUUUCUCCCAGAAAUGUUCAUUAUAUAUUUUAUAUAUAACUAUGUAGCAUAUAUCUUAUUAAUUGGGCAUAUUCAUCUCCCCUUCCAAACCUGGCUAGCUACUAUAGCUUUCUCGAUUUAAAUACUCUACAUGCGCCGCUAGCAAGGCUAGGUGUCCUUAUUACAUAUAUACUUCUCCAAGUACUUUUCCCUUAAUCUCAACGUUCUUUUCUUUCCUUUUGGAUUAAAACACUUUUAUUCCCUUACGACUAAUUUCCUCGUCAUACAAGUAAAAACCCUAGCUAGUUUGCCUAAGCAAUACACAAUCAUCUCAUUUUUGUUCUGUUCCAUGGAUUCCUCCCUUACAAAACAUGAGAAUAUCCGAACAACUCAUCUUAUUUCCAAAACUCAUGAUUUGAUCAGUACCACCCCAUGUAUGACCCCAUUUUGCUUCUUCUGCAUAAUGAAAGAGCCAGAUUCUAAACAAAGAAGAACCAAAAUAACCAACUGCUUUAAGAAACUGCCUGUUAUAGGCGAACAGGAAAAUGUUUUGGUGCUUAGUGGUCUUUGGUACAUCGCCAUGAGUCACCCGGGCGACUGGGAGCUCCCUUCGCUUGGCGUUUUUGAGUGCAUGACUAGUUUAAUCCACAAAGCUCUAAACGACGACGAGUGGCGUUGCAGGGACCAAAACAUAUACAUCCCUUACUACGCUGCUCAUGUCAUUGGUUCUUACACCAUGAAAAGGGUCGAGUUUGCUGAGAAAGCCGUUGAGUCGGGCGUCAUUCCACCAUUGAUGGAGCUUCUUAGAGGAAGAAAGAUGAGUUGGGUAGAACAAAGGGUUGCGGUUCGAGCUCUUGGUCACCUCGCCAGCUAUGAAAGAACUUUCGAAGCCUUGGCUCAAUACGAGGAAGAGGUGGUAAGGUUAGCCAUGCGUUUAGCUUCUACUUGCGUAGAUGUCGUUUACGACGACUUUGUUAGAGUUAAGGAUAAUAAUAAUAAUAAUAAUAAUAAAAGUAAUAAUAAAAGGAGGCUAAAAUAUCAUUGUGACUUACUUACUAGAGGGUCAGUUGCAAAUAGAGAAAUGGAGAACUUCAAGGCGGAGGAAUGGACUAGCCAAAUUCAAUGUUGGUCUCUCUAUCUUCUCAACUGUUUUGCUUAUAAAGGGAGGUCUUAUAAUAUCAUUUGUGAGAAGGAGUUUUUGAGAAGUCUUUGUUGGAUGUGGGGUGGACUGGCGAACCAUGUUUCACCUGCUGGGGUUGGACUUAUUAGAAUUUUGUGUUACAAUAAAUAUGGGAGGAAAAGAAUUGCUGACAUGAAAGAUGUUAUAGAAUAUCUCUGUAUUCUCUCGAGGUCUUCUGACGAUUGGCAGUAUAUGGGAAUCGAUUGCCUUCUUUUACUUCUCAAAGAUUUCGAUACAAGGUAUAAAGUUAUUGACAUUGCUAUCUUGUUUCUUAUUGAUUUAAUCGAACUUAAAGACCUUGGAGAUAGAGCAAACGUGGGUGAAGAAAUCACAAAGGCACUCCUUUUGGAUUAUACUUAUUUUAAGGAAAAGAAGUCAGUGAAGUCAUUUAUUACUACUAAAAAAGUUCAAAAGGUUUUGGAAGAUUUAUGGGAUUGGAAGGUAGAGAAGAGGAGAAAAGAAAAGGCAAUAUCUGAAGAGAAGCUCGAGGAGAGAAGGGUUUUGGUUGGGUUGAUUAAACAACAAGCAAACCGUUUGUAUUGUUUAGGAGAAAUAGGAGAAGCUAGGAGGAAGUACUCUGAAGCAUUAGCUUUAUGUCCUUUAAGGUUGAUUAAAGAGAGAAUAGUUCUUUAUAGUAAUAGGGCUCAGUGCCAAUUGUUGCUUAAGGAUCCGGAUUCUGCCAUUACAGACUCGACCAGAGCUCUUUGCCUUUCGACUCCGCCAAAUUCUCAUGGUAAAAGCCUGUGGAGAAGAUCGCAGGCUUAUGACAUGAAAGGAUUGGCCAAAGAGAGUUUGAUGGACUGCAUUAUGUUCAUCAGUUCGGAGGUGAUCACCAAGAAGAUUCCAUAUUAUGCUGCGCGAAUGAUCAGCAAACAGGUGGACGCCACGUGGCUUUUUGCCACAUCUCGGUUAAGAUUGUCACAAGUUGAGCAGAAGAUGAUUAGUGGCAAUGAUGAGGGACAGUACUACAGAAAAAUGAUGAUGAGGCCCAAUUUGAUGGACAAAAGAGGUGAUCUGUCAACCAUUACCGAAGAACCUUUGAUUUUAAAGGAAGAGAGAAAUAGGAGUAAGAUGGAGAGAGGAAGAAGAAUUUCAAAAAGAGCAGCUGGCGUGCAACAACGUACCACAAGUCAAAUAGUGUUACCAUGUGUUAGUACUGCUGAUGAUAUGAUACAAUAUUACAGUGGGUCGCCUAAAUCAUGCCAACAAGGAUAUUCAAAAACUUCACCUCUAGAUUUUAUCAGCUUUUAGUAAUUAAUUAUUAGUUAUAUGUCACUAACAUAGAAUUAGUAAUAUUAUUACGUUCGUACUUCUAGAUGUUACAAAAACUACAAAAAUGUUUAAUGAUGUACUUCGAUGAUUCGAUCUUCAGCCCCA